UCAUUUUGACCAUGAAAACUAACGAAAAAAAAUAGCUAUAUACAGUCUAUGCACCGUACUCUGGCUCCACGCUUGCUGAUGACCACUUCCGGUCUCAGAAAAUGAAAAAAACGGACCUUUUUUCGUUUCUGCCUCUUACUGAUUUUAUUUUCUUUUUAUUCUAAAUAUAAAAUGAAAAUCAAAACAUUUUUAAAAUUUCAUUAGCAAGUUAUGUUAUACUGUGAAUAAACUUGCAGACAACAGUGCAAUAAUUAUUCUUUAUUCAUGAGGAUAUAUCUGUGAACACUAAUUUGCUUGAUAUUUGAUAUUACAAAAAAGGACAUUGUGGUGUUGUAAAAAACAGUGUUGGAGAGUAACCCUUUAACGGAUCUCAUAUUUGUGAAAUUUAAGUUGUGAUGGAACUGUUUCCUUGCAGAGGAAAAAGAGAUUAUAGUGUUAUUAGAAAGUGCAACACAUUUUAUUUUAUUUUUUAUGUUUUAAAUGUAAUAUUUUUAAUUCUUCUUUAAUUUCAUUUUUAAGGUUUGGAUAUCCUUGAACAAUUAUUUGAACAGAAUAUAGAUUCUGAUAUUGUUGUAAAGAAUAAUGUUGGAGAUGUGCACUCAUGUUGGAAUAAAUCCACAUUGUGAAGCAACCCUUACAUGCACUGAAUUGGAAAAAUUUUAGAAAAACACACUGAAUUACAAGACAAGGCUAGAAUUACAUGAUUUUAAUAGAAAUAGGUCGUGAUCUAAAAUGGGCCAGUCUGAGGCAUGAAAGUCCAGGGCUGAAAAUGAGUCCCACUCCGGCCCUGUCACAAGCUCAUACCGGACAGUGAAAUGUAAAGUGACUGUUCCACAAAGCUGUGCCAUACAAGACACGAUUUAAAAAAACAAACAAAAAAAAACACGUUUUUAAAAAUCCUGAAAAAUACACAGAACAGUCACAAAUAAUGAGAAGUAAAGACACUGAAACCUAUAAUUUAUAAAUAUUCAGUGAGAUCAGUAUCUGAUGAAAAGAUGUGACAGUUCCACAGCACACAAAUGGUUAAACCGAAGCAGCAGUUCUUCUCAGCAGAGACUCACGCUGCUACCCGUGCGCACUUCGUCAGGUCUCCCCAGGGUGCCGAGGCGAGGUCACAAGUUUCCAAGCACGGCCCCUGAGUAGUCACACUCUUCCCCCUACAGGGCGGUUCCACAACCCGCAGAGAGGGAGACGAACUGGAUCAGAGCAGCGAAGUCUCAGAGCGUAACUUACCGUGUCAGAGUUUACUGAAAGCUGCUCCAACAGGUGGGAUGACCAACUAUCCGACGCACUCCAACGGUAUGCAGAGUCUCCGGAAGGAGCACCUGUACAAGGUGCUGGUGAUUGGAGACCUGGGGGUGGGGAAGACCUCCAUCAUCAGGCGCUACGUCCAUCAGACCUACUCCACCAACUACCGAGCCACAAUCGGGGUGGACUUCGCCUUGAAAGUGUUGAACUGGGACUCUGAGACUGUCCGGCUUCAGCUGUGGGACAUUGCAGGUCAGGAACGUUUUGGGAACAUGACACGGGUGUACUACCGUGAAGCCAUGGGAGCAUUCAUAGUGUUCGAUGUGACGCGGCCCACGACCUUUGAGGCCGUCAUUAAGUGGAAGGAGGACUUGGAUUCUAAACUAAUGAUGUCUAAUGGACAGAGCAUCGCCACCGUGCUGCUGGCUAACAAGUGUGACCAGGGCAGGGAGCUGACCAACAACGGCAUUAAAAUGGACCAGUUCUGCAAGGAUCAUGGCUUUGUUGGCUGGUUUGAGACCUCUGCUAAGGACAAUCUCAACAUCAGUGAAGCUGCAAACUUCCUGGUCAAGCACAUUAUGGCGACAGAGAAUGACAUCCUAAAAUCUGUGGUACCGGACACCAUCUCCCCGCAGCUCAACUCCAAUAGAGAGAUGAGCUGCUCCGGCUGCUUCAAAUAAUAACAGGAGGAAGUAUUUGUGGGACUGAAGAGAACAGAGGCACAGAAGGACAAAGAGGGACAGAUGCACCCCGCAGCCGUUCAAGAAAAUCUGAUCUAUUUACCACAGUUUGGCUUCUUUGGUCCAAACCAGAGUUGAACAUUUCUGUUUGUGACAUUUUUUUGGAACAAACCAAGUCACAUGGACACAGUUGCACGUUGAUUUAACAGUGCAGUUGUCAUACUGUGAGCGUAUAUUAUAACACUGCCGUCUGUAUUCUUUGACAUGAUGUGGUCAGUCUUGCCAAAAAGCAUAGACAAACAAGACUCGGUGGUCAGCCUUUUCACAUUACAUUCUCACUUCUAACAACAUCUCACUGGAAACAUCCUCAGCUCCCUGAGCAAAAGGAGUAAAUGCUCCCAUUAUGGUUGAUGCAACACAGCCAAAGGUGCAACGUAAAGACAGAAUAAAAACAAACAUGUCAAAGAGCAUAUAGCUAUUUCUCACCAUUUCAAGCAAGUGUGACUGUGUUACUGUUCUCCUUCUGGCUACCUUCACGUUCACAUUAACUUGGGGAUAAAGACACUGUGGAAGACAAGCAUGUUAAUGUUUCUCUGCACGAGCCAAAGAAAUCAGUAUUGACCACUUUCGGUGGAUCCCAGAUGUGCUAUUGGGAAAUUGUGAAUUUGAAUGUGAAUUUUGCACAUACACUGUUUUGUAAUUGUAUUAAGUUAUUUACAGUAUGCCUUUAUGAGUGCAAUGUGUGGUUAAUGUACUAUGUUGAAUUGCUUAAAGUCCUUCUUACAACUGA